UGACGGACAUGUCACAUAUCAGUUCUUCCGCUAUCGAAAGCUGAAGACGCAAGACAAUCUUUGACAAUUGUUAAAGUUCAUGUUGGCGUUUACAAAGGCAUUGAAGAGACAUAGAAGGAGUCCCAGAUGAACAUGGAGAGCCUGAGCAAGCCAGAGCUGCUGAUGCUGUUCAGUGUCCUGGAAGGAGAGUUGGAGGCCCGUGACCUGGUCAUUGAGGCCCUCAGGGCCCAGCACAGAGACACCUACGUGGAAGAGCGGUAUGGGAAGUACAACCUGAGCGACCCGUUCCUGGCUCUGCAGAGGGACAGCGAUGCCUUGGGAGGGCAGAGCUCUGGGUUCCACCAGGCUGCAGCAUGCUCCAGCCCCCUGGCUGUACUCAAGCUGGUGGUCACCCACUGCAGGAAGAUGCAGGAGAAGAUGCUGGCCCAACUAGCUGCAGCUGAGAGCAGGCACAGGAAGGCCAUUGCAGAUCUUGAGGAAGAGAGGAGAAGGCAUGCAGAGGACACAGCCGAGGGCGAUGAUGUCACUUGCAUCCUGGAAAAGGAGAGGGAACGCCUGUUGCAACAGCUGGAGUUUGAGCGAGGCCAGUUGUGUCGUCUGGAGAAGGAACAGAAGAAGGUCCUGGAGCAGCUGGAGGAGGAGCGGGUGCAGCACAAGCAGCUCUCCUCUGCCCUGGCCAAGGAGUGCAAGUGGGCCAGCCAGCGGGCACUGGAGGAGGGCCACCGCCUGGCUGAGGCAGGCCGUAGGCUGGAGAAGGAGCAGGGGGAAGUCCUUGCCCUGAGGGCUGAGCUGCAGGAGGAGAGGAGGAGGGCCCUGCAGAUGGAGGCCAGGGUGGAGGAGCAGCUGGCUGAGUUCGAUACGGAGAGGGAGCAGCUCCGCUCCCGGCUCAAGAAAGAGGAGGCCCAGUGCUGCCAGCUGCAGGAGCAGGUGGAGGCCCUGAAGAGAGAGCUGCAGGAAGAGAGCGGAGCUGAGGAGGAGAGGAGAGAAUAUCCUGUGGACACCAGUGGAGGGUCACCACCACCACCUCCACACCCCAGCCAGGCAGAACGGGACGAGACUGAGGAACCUAAAGUCAACGGGCACCAUGACUGCCCCAGGGAGGAGCAGGUGCCAGCCCUUCCAGACAGAUUGGGCCAGGACAACUGCAGUGAGAACAGCAGCUCUGUCCAGGGGUCCCCUGCCCUCCUGACCAAAAUUCUAUCCCCCUGCAGGACGGGGCCCUCAUCUGUCACCUCCUCCCCCUGCUCCUCUCCUCAGCUGGCCACCAGCCCCAGCUACCAGUCCUCCUACCAGGUAGGCAUCAACCAUCGCUUCCAUGCUGCUCGCCACAAGUUUCAGGGCCACACUGACCCAGAGCAGCAACAGCAGCAGCAGCAGCAGGGUGGAGGAGGGGGUGGUAGCCUGCCUCACUCCCCCAGAGACCUGUCCCCAACCCCCAGCCCAUCCCCUGAGCCUGUCUCUGUCCCUGUCCACAGCCCGGCCAAGCAGCUGGCCCGCAGCACCGUCACCCAGGUCCUGUCCCGCUUUACAGUCCAGCAGGGGGCCAAACCUCCACCACCCAACAGCUCUCCCUUUGGCACUGACUACCGUAACCUGGCCCUGGCCCCCUCCUCCCCAGUCAUCCCCAGGGCCUCUGGUGCUGCUCUGCCUCUGGGGGUCCGCUCACCUACCAUCCCCCGAGCAGAGAGGGGCAACCCGCCCCCCAUCCCCCCUAAGAAGCCUGGCCUGGCCCAGUCUCCAGCGUCGCCCAUCCCUGGUACCAGAGCCAACCACUUCCCUGAGCUGUCAGGAAGCUGUGGCCUCACCAGCAGCCAGGAGAAUGUUAAAGAGCUGGAUAUGGUGGUGUCCUCCACCAGCUAGUCUAGCCUGCUACUGGGUGCUACUAGCGCUGUGUUCUUUUAUACUGCUCACACCUUUGUAUGCAGAGAGACGCUCCAAAACACUGUCAAGUUAAAUGUAUUUAUUGGAAUUUUUUACAUGCGGUCCAUUUCAUUCUUCUAUAGCACUAUACACUGAGUUGACAAAACAUUAGGAACACCUUCCUAAUAUUGCGUUGCACCCCCUUUUAGCCCUCAGAACCGCCUCAAUUUGUUGGGACAUGGACUCUACAAGGUGUCGAAAGCGUUCCACAGGGAUGCUGGCCAUGUUGGCUCCAAUGCUUCCCACAGUUGUGUCAAGUUGGCUGGAUGUCUUUUGGACCAUUCUUGAUACACACGGGAAACGUUUGAGCGUGAAAAACCCAGCAGUGUUGCAGUUCUUGUACCCCGUUCAAAGGCACUUAAAACUUUUGUCUUGCCCAUUCACCUUGUCCAUGUCUCAAUUGUCUCAAGGCUAAAACAUCCUUCUUUAACUUGUCUCCUCCCCUUCAUGUACACUAAUUAAAGUGAAUUUAACAAGUGACAUCAAUAAGGGAUCAUAGCUUUAACAUGGAUUCACCUGGUCAGUCUAUGUCAUGGAACAAGCAGGUGUUCCUAAUGUUUUGUACACUCACUGUAGAUAUAUUUGUACGUAUCCAUUUUUUGCUUUCUGAAUCGUAAUAAAUAAAAUAAUAAUAAUAAUAAUAGCAUAAGUUUAUUCAGUAAAAUGGUGAAAAACAGGCAAAAUGCAUGUCAGUUGCUGCGUCCAGUCAUGGGACAAUCAAACCUCUCUCUGCACUACUUCUAAUCAGGGUUGGGGUUAAUUCAGAAUGUUGGAAUUGACUCCCAUUCAACUCAUGAGUUGAAAUUGAAAUUUAAUUGGCCAUACCCCAUAAGAUGUAGAAUUUAAGGGAGUGACAGGAAGUGGAAUUUAAUUCAGUACAAUUAAAAGAAAUUCCACUCAGUCAUAGAACAUGAAAGUUUCAUUGAAUCUGACAGGUCACAUUUCCAGAUACCAAAUAAUAUAUCACUUUUCUCUGGAAACAGUGUUCAUAUACCUUCUUCACCUCUGUGCUUAGAAUAGCCAAUUAUAUUUACACCAAGCAUUUCAUUUGUUUGGCUUCUUUUUGAAGGCCUCAGGGUCAACUUGAUGGAUAAACUAAUGCAUUCUGGGAAAUGUAUUUUCUCAAUACUUAACAACAUUUAAGUGAUUAAUGAAAUACAAUUUGUCCUGAAAAUCCAUUGUUUCAAUAAUAUUUUAUAUUCAUGUAUAUAAUGGCAUGUUUAAUGUACAAGAUGUACAGUAUAUUUGUAUAGACUACACCCAAUAUAGAAUAGGCAUUUGAAUUGCAUUGAAUUUCCCUGAAUUCAAUUCUAUUUCCUUUCAUUCAAAUUAAAAUUGAAAUUCUGUAUCCUGUUUACUACUUCAAUUCAAAUUCAGUAAUUGUAUUGGAAUUUAUGAGACAUUCUCAAUUACAUUCUGAAUUGAGUCCAACACUGCUUAUAAUAAAGCAUCUGAAAUUGAGUUAGUUAAUAUGCAUAUCUCUAAAUCAGGAUUUGGAUUUAGCGUACUUUGUUGUUCUGGAAAUACUGAAUCAAAUAAGAGAGUUUAUCCUGAACUUCAGAGUUUAACAAUGAAACUGGGCGGCUUAUAAACACGUUAUAUUUCCUAACGUGGCACAUGAUUUCAACAUUCUGUAUCUUCAAGUCUUGAUCAGUUGACAAUAUGUAUAAUGUAUACAGUAUUAUUAUUAAUAUAAUGUAUUAUGUGUAUAGUUAUUACUAUAAAAUAUAUAUAUAUAUAUAUAUUCUCUCAUACCAAUGGUUAAUUUGGUUUUUAUAUGGUACAUCAGCAUUAAAUGUUACCUUAGUAUAUCACUUGACUGUCAGGACUGGUAAUCAGCACUGCUGCAUGGUUUAGUAAGACAAUCAAGUAUUAUAUUAUAGUUAUAGUAUUACAUAGAAUUUACUGUACUAUAAUGUGUGUUAUUUACCCCAUAGCUAUUCUAGCAAUGAUGAGGGGGUAGUUGUGGAGGAAAAUAUCAAAGUAUUAUACAUCAUAAAAAUGUAAUAUAUUGUAUUAUCGUCACUUAAUGAUUUCUGCUUGCAUUUGCUGUUCAUUUCAUUGAAUAUGAUCUUAAAGGUCCAAUGCAGACAUUUUUAUCUCAAUAUCAAUGAAUUACUGGGUGACAUUUAAGUACCUUACUGUGAUUGUUUUCAAUUAAAAUGUUCAAA